GCUUAGCCCGGCGGCCGGCCAGAACUGCAAGAGAGAAGACCAAGAAACAGAGAGAGACAAGCGCAGGGGACAGCAGCGGGUAGCUAGCUAGCUAGCGAUCGACGACAGACGAUGCAGAUGAUGAUGCUCUCUGAUCUCUCGUCUGACGACCACGAGGCCACUGGAUCCAGCUCCUAUGGCGGGGACAUGGCCAGCUACGCCCUCAGCCCUCUCUUCCUCGCACCGGCGGCCUCGGCCACCGCGCCGCUGCCGCCACCUCCGCAGCCGCCGGCCGAGGAGCUCACCAACAAGCAGGCCGCGGGCGGCGGCAAGAGGAAGAGAAGCCAGCCGGGGAACCCAGACCCCGGCGCGGAGGUGAUCGCGCUGUCGCCGCGCACGCUGGUGGCGACGAACCGGUUCGUGUGCGAGAUCUGCAACAAGGGGUUCCAGCGGGACCAGAACCUGCAGCUGCACCGCCGGGGCCACAACCUCCCCUGGAAGCUCCGCCAGCGCAGCAGCCUCGUCGUCCCGUCGUCGUCGGCGGCGGCAGGCUCCGGCGGCAGGCAGCAGCAGCAGCAGGGCGAGGCCGCGCCGACGCCGCCGCGUAAGCGCGUCUACGUCUGCCCCGAGCCCACGUGCGUGCACCACGACCCGGCGAGAGCUCUGGGGGACUUGACUGGGAUCAAGAAGCACUUCUCGCGGAAGCACGGGGAGAAGCGGUGGUGCUGCGAGCGCUGCGGGAAGCGCUACGCCGUGCAGUCGGACUGGAAGGCGCACGUCAAGGGGUGUGGCACGCGCGAGUACCGCUGCGACUGCGGCAUCCUCUUCUCCAGGAAGGACAGCCUGCUCACGCACAGGGCCUUCUGCGAUGCCCUAGCAGAGGAGAGCGCGAGGCUUCUUGCAGCAGCAGCAAACAACGGCAGCACUAUCACCACGACCAGCAGCAGCAACAACAAUGAUCUUCUCAACGCCAGCAAUAAUAUCACGCCAUUAUUCCUCCCGUUCGCCAGCUCUCCUCCUCCUGUCGUCGUAGCGGCGGCACAAAACCCUAAUAACACCCUCUUCUUCCUGCACCAAGAGCUGUCCCCCUUCCUGCAACCGAGGGUGACGAUGCAACAACAACCCUCGCCCUAUCUUGACCUCCAUAUGCACGUCGACGCCAGCAUCGUCACCACCACCGGUGGUCUCGCGGACGGCACGCCGGUCAGCUUUGGCCUCGCUCUGGACGGCUCGGUGGCCACCGUCGGCCACCGGCGCCUCACUAGGGACUUCCUCGGUGUCGAUGGUGGCGGUCGUCAGGUCGAGGAGCUGCAGCUUCCACUGUGCGCCACAGCAGCCGCAGCAGGUGCCAGCCGCACCGCCAGCUGCGCCACCGACCUGACAAGGCAGUGCCUCGGCGGCCGGCUGCCGCCGGUCAACGAGACCUGGAGCCACAACUUCUAGGCCCGCUAUAUACUUCAAGCUGCAUUGAGACUUUGAGAGACGAAUGAACGGAACACCCAAACUGCAUGCACUCUAGCUUGAAGAGCAACCAAAACUGGAGUAGCAAGUAUGGUGCACUACUGUUGUUAAUUUACCUUAAUUUAUUGAUCUCUGUUAGUUCUAUUUUCAUUUAGGGCAAUGCGGGCUAGCUAAUUAAUUCGAUGUGCACAACUUUUGAUGAAUGGACC